AUGAAUUUAUCUUAAGAAUAAUGGGAAUACCUUAAGGAAUUAAACGAUGAAGUCUGGAUGAAAUAUAGCUAUAUUGGGAUUCCAAUACAAAUUGUGAUGAUCAUUUACAAAAUCCUAUAUCCUAUUUAUUGGCAAGAGGUGAAAAGAGUAGAUCAAUUUCCAUCACUUUUAUAGGGUAUUAUACGAUGAACCCUUUAGAUAAGUUAAUUAGACCAUUCAUUUUUUAUGGGCCAAUUUAUUACUUAUUUGACAUUAUAAUAAAAGUGGGAAGUGGUAAAGCAUUUGCAUCAGCAUGCAGUAUAUCAUUCUUCUCACAUCAUGUGAUAACUUCGAUCUUUUUACCAUUAGCUGUCUAUAGUAAGCAUGUACCUUGGUUUUUCAUUGUAUCUAUACUAAUAUAUCUAUAUAUAGAGCACAGGUUUAUUUCAUGCUAUUUUGCUAUGUUUUAAACAUAGUUAUUUAUAGUAUAUAUAUCUAGUGGCAGUUUUAUUAUAUCAUUAUGGGAUAUUGUAGCCCCCAUUCAAAAAGUAAAAAAUUUAUUAUAAAUAGUAUGAUUUAAUACAAAUUGUUAAAUGUAGGAACAAUCUUGCUAUAUCUAACAAUUAUAGCAUUGUGGUUAAAUGGUUGUUCUCAUUGA